UCCGAUUGGCUGCAGUCAAAAAUUAUGGGUAGUUACCUUAUCCACAGACCCCUCCUCUUUUGAUUUCUGUGCGCAGCAUUACAUAUUUUGCUUCCUUCAUAUCCAAAAGAUAAUUAUAGCCUUUUUUCUUUAAUUAAUUGAAAUUGUACUCUGUGUACACUGUGCUCUAGAAAGUUGAUGCAUGCAUAUAUGCUAUAGUGAUUAUAGUCUUUAUAUUGUCUUAUUAAAUAACAAACAAAUUGGAUACUUGUAUGGGGUCAGUUUAAUCUCCUGCUCAGUAGGAGGCGGUAAUGCACCUGUAGUUGGUUUACCAACUGUCCAACCUCAAAAGAAGAAGAAGAAGAAGAAAACUGAGGAGGAGAAGAUCCCAGUCCGCAGUGUUUUUAUAGAGCUCCAAGAGCUGUUCUAUUCAAGAAAGAAAUGACCUGUCAUUUUCCUGCUGUGGGUGCCAACUGUUUUACAGAGACCUAAUUAAUUUUCCAUAACACUACAUAAAACUCCACGGACAGGACUGUUAAAAUGGAAGGUGAAAAUAUUAUGUACGAGAGCUCCAGUACUGAGAAACAAAAAGAUAAAGUUAAAGAGCGAUCCUACCAGUGCCUUGAGUGUGGAAAGAGUUUUACAAAACACAGCACUCUUCAAACACACCAUCGCAUUCACACUGGAGAGAAACCGUUUCACUGCACAGAGUGUGGACAACGUUUCACUCGAAAGAAUAAUCUGCAAAUGCACCAGAGCAUUCACACUGGAGAGAAACCGUUUCACUGCUCAGACUGCGGGCGGAAGUUUCGCCGACAGAAUAAUCUCCUUAUACACCAGAGAAUUCACACAGGAGAGAGACCAUAUCAGUGCUCAGAGUGUGGGAAAAGAUUUGGUCACCAGAUUUCUCUCCAAACACACCAGCGCAUUCACACUGGAGAGAAACCAUAUCAGUGCUCAGAUUGUGGACGGAGUUUUAGUCGACAGAAUAAUCUCAAAACACACCAGCGCAUUCACACUGGAGAGAAACCUUAUCACUGCUCAGAGUGUGGGAAGUGUUUUAAUCAGCAGGCUACUCUCCAACAACACCAGCGUGUUCACACUGGAGAGAAACCGUAUCAGUGCUUCAUAUGUGGGCAUAGGUUUAGUCACCAGAUUUCUCUCCAAAUGCAUCAGCGCAUACACACUGGAGAGAAACCAUUUCGUUGCUUAGAGUGUGGAAAGAGUUUUAUUCAACAGAGCAAUCUCCAAAAACAUCAGCGCAUUCACUCUGAAGAAAAACUGUAUCUGUGCCCAGAGUGCGGGAAGAGUUUUAGAGAGAUAGGUGCCCUCAAAAAACACCAGCGCAUUCACACUGGAGAGAAACCGUAUCAGUGCUCAGAGUGUGGGAAGAGCUUCAAUCACCAGAUUUCCCUCCAAAAACACCAGCGUAUUCACACUGGAGAGAAACCGUAUUUCUGCUCAGAUUGUGGGAAAAGUUUUAGAGAGAGUUGUACCCUCACAAAGCACCAGCGCAUUCACACUGGUGAAAAACCCUAUUGCUGCUCAGAGUGUGGGGCCUCUUUUACUCAACAGAGUCAUCUUCAACAACACCAGCGCGUUCACACAGGACAGAAACCUUAUCAAUGCCUAAAGUGUGGCAAGAGUUUUAGAAAAAGUGGUGCCCUUGAAACACACCAGUGCAUUCACACUGAAGAGAAGACAUAUUGCUGCUCAGACUGUGGACAGAGUUUUACAACGAGCAGUGUCCUUGAUAAGCACCAGUGCAUUCACAGUAGCACGAAACAGUGACUUUGAAUUAAAUUUAGAUGCUUAAAAAUGGCUUUAGUGGUACAUAAUCUUAACAAAAGCAUAAUGUUAGUAAUGAUCAUUGAUGAUUUUAUUAAUUUGCUGUAUAUUAGAUGUAAUUAAAAUAUAUCCGAUUCAGUCAGCCAGAAGAUACCAUCUUGAACAAUGUCAUGUGUACACACACUCCAUUAGCUUGUAAUAAUAGGUGGCAUAUAGUACCAGUACUACUUUUCCAGGAAUAGUAUUGAAACAUUAAAGACCUUAAAGACAGACUGCAGAUCUUUAAGAACAGACCCCAUUUUUUUAUCAGGCUGUACAUUUUUUUUUUGGAAAUGUUUUUUUUUUGAGUGGAAUGGGGUGUGUAGAAUUUAUUAAUGUAUCUUGCUUCAAAUUUAAGCUCUUGCCCAGUGUUUCUAAAGCUAAAGUGAACUCUGAACAUAUUUCCCUUUACAAGGUGAUGUUUAUUUUUAUUAUAUUUUUCCUUACAUGCCAAACACAGUCAGCAAUAUGUUUACUAUCAUGUGGACAGAUUUGCUGAGCACUCUCAACAAGCUUUAGAUAGUCUUAGUUGCUGUCCUAAUAAGUCUGUGGUUUCAUUCACAUCAUAGACACUGUUUAUGUCUGUUUUGAAUGAAUGUAUGAAUGGCACCUUAUUAGAGGCCUCGUGAAAGUUAAGCUGAGACAGGUUGUUGCCUGUAUUUGCUGCUCGUUUUGCCUCUUGUAAGGCUGUUUCAGUUGUUCUUACCAUCCAUUUAUCUUUCAAGUACAUUUUUCACAUGCUUGCUGGCUAGCGUUUGGCCAAAAAUGAGCAAGAAUUAAUUAAAAUAAAUUAAGUUAAAUUGGGACAAAGUAUCUCAACGUAUUUUUUGAUUCAGCAGCACUCCAAGAGACACUCUUGCCCUUCUUAAGGUCAAAUUUGUGCUCAUCGUUUAGUGUUUAUUUUUAAAACUUUCUGAGGCAGUUUCCCAGGCAGUGAUCAAGCCUAGCCUAUUCAGCAUGUUGAAUAGAGAUUUUCCAUUGAAGGCAAAACAUAGUCUUGACUUGGCUUAAUCCCUCUUUGUGAAAUCUCUACAGUAAUUCAUUUACUUGUGAUUAAUGAAGGUGGGAUAAAGGGGGUAAGUAAAAGGCCCAGGAUUACCGAAACAAUUGUAUGUGGCUUCAUGUUAAUGUGUUGCUCUCAUGACUGUAUUUAAUAAUAAACAACAAUUUGUUUGAAGAAAGGUGUAUGG